GUUCGUCCCCACCGGUAUCGCUGGGCUGAAUUAUUCCUCCCCAUCCCGUUCGGAGGUUCUUCGCCCUUAAGAUGAUCCGUCACCAGGGGAAAUGCGAGUCCUGGCGAUCAUGAUGCUUAUGCGCUGUAACAUGUCACCAUCAGCUGGAUUAUCUAUCAUACAGUAACCUCUAGUCUUCCCUUGACACAUCAUCCAGAGCAGCUGGUCGACCUUAUGGACUCUCAGAGGAAGCGCCGUAAGGGUGUUGCCCUACUCGCUUCCCUGUCUAUUCACAUCAGCGCUCAUCCCCAGCCGCGGCUGGAGUGCCAGACCUUGCAGUUACUGGACAACCCUAGUCAUGACGACGACAACCGAAAAUGGGCCCUCUGUCGGCGCUUUUCGUCAACUGCAGCUCCCAGCUGUUGUCGAGUCGGUGGAAGAUCCGAAUAGCGCUCACAGACUCUAUUGUCUCG